GCUCGAGGAGGCUGAAGGAGGGGGCAGCUGCGCCAGCACCCGCCACGCCAGCUCUGGGGGGGCCCCCCUGCCGCCUGGGGGGCCUGAGGGCUUUUAGGGGGGGGAGGGGGCCUUGAGGGGGGAGGGGUUGAGAAGGGGGGCCCUCCCCCCGAGGAGGCUGCCACCCCCUCCCCCCCAGUGGAAAUAGGGCGCCUGGCCCUUUAAGAGGGGGCGGAGGGGCAGGGGAGGGGGGGAGGCGCCUGUCUCUUUUAGAAGGGGGACCCCCCCAAAGAAGCAGAGGGAAAAGGGGUGACUGUCCCUUUAAGGGGGGGAAAGGGGGGGGACGGGGGGACAAGUGCCAGUCCCUUUAAGAAGGCAGGACUGUGAGCAGAGGGGUGCAUGUCCCUUUAAGGGUUGGAAGGGAGCCUGCUCCUUUAAGAAUCGGAAGGGGAGCCUGCCCCUUUAAGAGGAGAAAGGGCGGCCUCCCCAUACAGUAGAGGAAGGGAGUGCUUGUCCCUUUAAGGGGGGGAGGGGACUUCCUAUAGAGCACGGAAGGGGGGCACCUGUCCCCUUAAGAGACUAUCCCUUUAAGAGGGGGGUCCCCUAUAGAGCAGAGGAAGGGGGUGCCCGUCCCCUUUAAGAAGGAGAGCCCCCCCCUUUAUAGAGCAGUGGGUGCCUGUCCCUUUAAGGGGUGGUGCGCCUGUCCCUUUAAGAACGGGGGGGUGACCCCUCUCCCAUCCCUUUAAGGGGGCGUUGAGCCAGCCCCUUUAAGAAGGGGGGGGGCACCCCCUAGAGCAGGGGACAGGGGGCCUGCCCUUUAAGAGGGGAGCCCCCGGGGGUGCCUGGUCCUUUAAGAGUGUGGGGGGGGCGCUGUUAACCCUUGAGGGGCGGGGCCUUGGGGCGGGGGUGGGGGAGGGGCUGCAGGAGGAGGGGGGACCCCCUGGCCCCCCCGAGCUGGACCAUGCCGGGGCCCGCGGUGCCCGCCCGCCGCAUCCGGCCCGCGGCGUAGCUGACGUGGGAGGUGGCCAAUGUCGUCCAGCAAAGGGGCGGGGCCUGGAGCUCGCCGGCGGCGGACGCGCUGCCGCAGGUGCCGGGCCUGCCUGAGGUCGGAGUGCGGGGAGUGCCACUUCUGCAAAGACAUGAAGAAGUUCGGGGGUCCUGGGCGCAUGAAGCAGUCCUGCCUGCUGCGCCAGUGCACCGCGCCGGUGCUGCCCCACACGGCCGUGUGCGUGGCCUGCGGCGAGGCCGGCAAGGAAGAGGCAGCAGCUGGCGAGGAUGAGCGCUUUGACCUCUCGCUCAUGGAGUGCUCCAUCUGCAACGAGAUCAUCCACCCCGCUUGCCUGCAGAUGGGCCGGGCCGAGGGGGUGGUGAACGCCGAGAUCCCCAACUGCUGGGAGUGCCCCAAGUGCAAGCGCGAGGGCAAGUCCAGCAAGGACGUGGGCGACGUGGCCGGGAAGCGCCGGGCAGACAAUGGGGACGACGGGCUGCGCUGGAAGCUGACAGAUGAGCAGGCACCGGCCAAGAAGAAGGGGCCCCCAGCCAUGCCCCCCGGGCAGGCCCCGCCCCCUGAGGACCCCCCCAACCCUGCCCACAAGCGCAAGAAGGAGCGUGACCCCCCGGCCCCUGAUGCAGGGGCCCGCAAGAAGAUCAAAGGGGGCCGGGACAAGCAUCUGAAGAAGGCUGGGGAGCAGGCGCCAGACGGGGCCAAGCUGCCGGGGGGGCCGGGCUGGGGCCGUGACCUGGACGCCAAGGGCCCCGGCGCCCACCCGGGCCUGCUGGGGGGCCCCGACAUGGAGAAGCCCCCCGGCGCAUCGCUGGCGCCCGCGGCCCCCCCAGUGCCCAUGGCAGCGGCGCCUGACCGGCGGGAGAAGCUGGAGCGCUUCAAGCAGAUGUGCCAGCUGCUGGAGCGCGUCCGCGCAGCGCCCAGCUCCAGCUCCAGCUCCGACACCGACUCAGAGAGCGGGGAGUCGUCGGGUGCCGCGCACAGCCCCCCCUCCCCACCCCGCCUACCCCCGCCCCUCAGCUUCAGUACCAGCGAGGAGGAGGAGGACGACGAGGAGGACGACGAGGACGACCGUGAAGACGAGGACGAGGAGGAGGACGCAGCGGGCCCGGGCAAGGAGAACAACCAUCGGGGGGCGCCGCGGGUGCGGGGGGGGCCGCGGCGCCUGCUGGCCUGGCCCCUGGUGCCCUCACCGCCCAAGCCGCCAGCCCUGCUGCAGCUGGAGCGGCACGUGGUGCGCCCGCCCCCUGCCAGCCCCGAGCCCGACGCCCUGCCCCUGGCCUCGGGCGCCCCCCACGUGCUGCGGCGCCAUGCCUGGUUGCGCGUCUUCCGCCACCUCAGCGCCCGCGAGCUCUGCGUCUGCAUGCGCGUCUGCCGCACCUGGAGCCGCUGGUGCUGUGACAAGCGGCUGUGGACACGCAUCGACCUGAGCCGCCGCACAUCCAUCACGCCAUCCAUGCUGAGCGGCAUCAUCCGGCGGCAGCCAGCCAGCCUGGACCUCAGCUGGACCAGCAUCUCCAAGAAGCAGCUCAUGUGGCUGCUCAACCGCCUCCAAGGCCUGCGGGAGCUGAUCCUGACGGGCUGCUCGUGGGGAGCAGUGUCGGCACUGAGCACAGCCUCUGUCCCCGCCCUGCGGCUGCUGGACCUGCGCUGGGUCCAGGACCUCAAGGACUCGCACCUGCGCGAGCUGCUGCUGCCCCCGCCUGACGCCCGCCCGGGGCAGACGGAGGCGCGGGGCCGCCUGCAGGGGCUGUGGGAGCUGCGCCUGGCCGGGCUGGACAUCACAGAGGCGUCGGUGCGGCUGGUGGCCCGGCACGCGCCCGCCCUGGCCAAGCUGGACCUGAGCCACUGCGGGCAGCUGGGGGACCCAGCCCUGGCCCUGCUGACGGCCCCAGGCUGCCCCCUGCGCGAUGGCCUGGCCGAACUCAACCUGGCUGGUUGCCCCCGCCUGACGGAUCAGUGCCUGCCUCUGCUUCGCCGCUGCCCACGCCUAACCCGGGUGGACCUCCGCGCCUGCCGCCACGUGUCCCCCGAGGCCUGCGCCCGCCUCUGCCAGGACCCACCGCCCGGGGGCGGGGCCGGGGGUGGGGGCGGGGCUGCCGGAGGCCCCGCCCCCUCGGUCCCAGGGGCUCCAUCCCCUGCCCCAGCCCCGCCCCGGUUCCGCUCCUCGGAGGAGAAGCUGCUGCUGAGGGAUAGCUCCUAGCGCCGGCCGGGCCGGGCUGGGACCCUCGUCCAAGCCAUGCACUGAAGUUUCUUGGGGGGGGACGGGGGGACGGGACUGGGAUCCCCCCUCUGAUUGGCUGGGGGCAGGGCUGCCCCCUGUCCCCACUCGAAGCCACGCCCCCUCCACACCUCCUCCUGCCAUUGGUUUUUGAGCCAGAGAACCCAGGCGUCCGGGACCACUACCCCCACCCCGCCCCCCCUUUGAGCCAGGGAACCCAGGCGUCCGGACCCCCCGCCCUACCACCACCCAAGCAGGCCAAAUCAGGGUCCCUCCCCUGGUGCAUUAUGGGAAGGAGGAGGGCCUGGUAGGCUCCACCCGCUGCUGGAGGAAGGGGGCUUGGCCUCUUCCUGGCCUGGCCCCUGUGAUGGCAGGGGGCGGGGCAGCUUGGCUGGGGGGGUGGCCUCAGGUGGAGGGGGCGGGGCGACAUCUCCGUUAAACCUUCCUGCGCCGCCGAUACUUGAAUUCUCCCCGCCCCGGCGCCGCGUACUUGAAGCAAUAGGGGGGGCGGUCCCACUUCCUCCCAGUCUCCCAGUGCCACUGGGGCUUCCCCAGUCGGGGUGACAAUCUCCGGGGUGGGGGGGAGGGGCUCGGGACCCCCCUCCCCCCAGUGGACCCAGGCGUCCGGGUUCUGCCCCCCACCUUCCUUCCUCCCCCACAACGCCAGCGGUUUUGGGCCGAAUGUACCUCAGGGGGUCGCGUCAUGAAUAUUAGUGUUUGCAUAUUUAAUGAUGGGGGCGGGGCCAGCGGACAGACGGAGGAGGUGGCAGUGGCAGCAGCGCGGGGUUAGGAAGCACCUGGAUGGACACAUGGACUGUGGGGGCUCCUCCCCAUCACACCCCCGCGAUGUGGGACCCAGGCAUCCGGGAGCUGGAGACACGCACAGGCUCGGGGGACCCCGGCAUCCGGAGCAAAGGGACGUGCUCGGCUCGGACACGGGACCUGGGCGUCCGGGCCACCCGCGAGCGAGGGUCCCAGGUGUCUAGGACACGCGCCUGGGACAGGACCCAGGCGGUGGGGACGUGCACACACACGCGGGACCCGGGCCACCCCCACCAACCAAUGCUCUUGGAGAACCCAGGCGUCCGGCCCUGGCCCCCCCUCCCCACCUCAAGGACCAAAGCUUUCCCUCCCCCGGGGGGGCACCAGGUCCCAAUGGCAGCUCCAGGGGGGUGGUCUCGGGGCUGGGGGGGCAUCCAGGCCCAGCUGCCUCCCCCUCCCCCCGGGGCUGUUUCUGGGGGGCUUUUUUUUUUUUUUUUUUCCUUUUUCUGGCUGGAAAGAACAGAAAAAAAGAGGGAAAAAAGGCAAAAAAAAAAUGAAAAUAAUAAUAAAGGCGGUUUUGUAA